AUGGAAGAGUGGGAGGAGUGGCCCAAAUUGGUUGAAGGAGAAGAACCUGAAGAAGAUGGAGGACAAUUCCCUUGCCUCCGUGAGCUGAUUAUAAUAAAUUGUCCCAAGCUAAGGAUGUUCUCCCAUCACUUGCCUCGACUGUUGGAAAUGCUAAUAGAUAUAUGUGACAGCCUAAGAGAACUACCGCAGCUCCUUCCUUCAUUACGGUGGCUCCGUAUCAGUAAAUGCCCAAAAUUGGUGGUACUUCCGAGUAUUCAAUCCAUUGAGAUCUUGAAUUUGAAUAAUUGUAACCAGAUAACAACAUUGUUUGACUCUGACCAGCCAUCAUCAUCGUCGUCGUCAUUAAUGUUCAACUCUAACCACCUAUCAUCAUCAUCAUUAAUGUCCGACUCUGACCACCCAUCAUCGUUCUCAUCAUCAGUACCAGCAGCCGCAGCAGCACCACAUGUACAUAACUCAAUAAUAUUCCCUUCCCUCCGUGACCUAGAAAUUGUGUGUUGUCCCAAUUUGAGAGAAUUAACAGACAUCCUUCCUUCCUUGGAGUCACUCCGAAUAGAAAAUUGCAAAGAACUUUGUGUCCUUCCAAUGCUUCCAUCUAUCAAGGAGUUCAGUUUGGGGGAAUGUAAGGGGAUGGUACUCAACAACAAAAUAGUACCUCAUCUCUCCUCACUUUCUUCCUUGACUAUUUAUGAUGUUUCAGAUCUCAAAUCACUGCCCAAUGAAUUUAUGCAACACUUGACAGCACUUCAAGAAUUACGGAUCUACCAUUGUAAAGAGCUUAUGGUUCUUCUGCAGUUUGAGAUUGGGUUUGGUCAUCUCCUUCCUUCAAGCCUUCAGCAUUUGUCUAUCUAUGACUGUGACAACCUAGGGAAGUUACCACAGAGCAUGUGCAAUCUCCAUUGUCUUAAAGAACUAAUAAUUGAAGGGGCUAGAGGACUCACAUCUUUGCCUGAUGGGCUGCACAACCUCUCGCCUCUCCGAAUUCUUCAAAUAUCAAACUGUGAGAAUCUAGAGUCACUACCCAAGGUGCUACACACUCUAACAUCUCUCCAAGAAUUUGUAAUUGAAAGUUGCCCUUCUCUUAUGUCCUUCCAGCAAACAACAUUACCCUCUGCACUUCAAGAAUUGAAGAUCAUCGAUUGCAAGAAUCUGGAGUCUCUACCCAUGGGACUACUGCCCAACCUCACAUCUCUCCAAUCAUUAGUACUCCAUGGAUAUUUGAACCUAAAGUCUUUGCCGGAGGAGCUGCACAAACUCAUGUCCCUACAAAGAUUGGAAAUCAAAGAGUGCCCUGCUCUUGAGUCCAUUUCAGAUAUGGGGUUACCCACUGCGCUUCGGGAUCUAGUGAUUAUAAAUUGUGGGAAGCUAAAUUCCUUGCCCAAGGGGCUGCACAAACUCACAAAUAUUAAACUAUUGGUGAUUAUGGAAUGCUCUUUUCUUAUGGAUUGCAAGAAUCUUGAACCCCUACAUACCUCUGGUCUUCAUAAUCUUACAUCUCUUUCAUCUCUCACCAUUGGUAGAUGUCGUGUUCUCAUGUCCAUUCCAAAGGGCCUACUUCCCACCAAUCUUGGGGGGUUUUCCAUCAAGGACUGCCCAAUUCUUGAAUCCCUACAUGAAGGACUCUCUCACCUAACCUCUCUUAAACUUUUGGAGAUCCAGAAUUGUCCAAUGUUAAAACAACGGUACCAAAAGAGGGAAGAGGAGUGGGCCAAGAUUGCUCAAAUCCCUAAGGUAAUAAUAGAUCACAAAAGGCAAUAA